AUGAGCAAUGCCUCUCGAUUAUCGACUCGUUCUAGGCUUCAGACAGCUCUAGCUAAUGAGGCUCGUGCCAUUGAGACUGAGAAGGCGGCAAAGGAACGAAUAGAAGGAAUGGUUGCUGAUCGGGAGGCUGCCGUUGAGCGUGCCAGGUCCUUGGCAGAGGCGCAUUAUACUAGCCUGAGACGCCGAUUGGAGGCCGAAUGGAAUGCGGAGCGUGAUGAAAUUAGCAAGCAGGCUGAGCAACAGCUUGGCAGCACAAGAAUUCCAAAGAAACAGCUAUAG